CCGGCCGGAGCUAGGCCCCAAACGGCGGCAGAUUGGUCGUCAUCACCGCGCAACAGUCUCUCUGGGAGGCCCCCUUCCCUAAAGAUGGCGAUGCUGGCAGAACCACGUAGGAAGCAGAAGUGGUCUGUGGAUCCCCGGAACAGUGCUUGGAGUAAAGAUGAAUCAAAAUUUGGCCAAAAGAUGUUGGAAAAAAUGGGGUGGUCAAAAGGCAAAGGGCUUGGAGCUCAGGAGCAAGGCAACACCGAACACGUCAAGGUCCAACUGAAGAACAACACUCUGGGCUUAGGAGCAGCUGCCAACCAAGAGGACAACUGGAUCGCCCACCAGGAUGACUUCAACCAGCUUCUGGCAGAGCUGAACAACUGCCAUGGACAAGACACCCCAGAGGCCGUGUCCAAGGAGGAGAAAAGAACCUUUAGCCUGGAGGAGAAAUCUAAGAGUGCCCGGAAACGAGUUCAUUAUGUGAAAUUUGCCAAAGGAAAAGAUCUCUCCUUCCGAAGCGAAGAUGACCUGUCUUGCAUUUUUGGGAAACGGCAAGCCAAGAAAACACAGGAUGCUGCUGUUGGCACAGAAUCUCCAAAGGAGGACCAGAAAAAGGAGGAGGACCCAUCAGACGAAGUGGACUCUGGCAACACCGUAACCAGUGCCCUUACCGUGCAGGAGUAUUUUGCCAAGCGCAUGGCCACGCUGAAGAAAACCCAGCGUCAGGUUGACUUCAGGACAGCUGAGUCUCCUCCAGCGGAGGAGUCAGAGUGUUUGGUAGCCCAGCCCAUGAAGAGGAAGUACCCCAAGCAUGGUUGUUCUGAAAGUGAGGAUGGCCUUGAAGGACCAGAGGCAAAAUGUCCCAGGGAUCUUGGCUCAAGUGAAGAAGGGGAGCAGCUCAACACCCAGAAGACGAAGAAGAGGAAGAAGAAGAAGAAGAAAUCUAAGCACUCCAGUCCUGGCGGUGGCAGCCUUAGUUGCAACGGAUCUCAAAAUGGCGCCCAAGAGAAUGGAAGUUGUGGCUCAGGAACUUCCGAUGCAGAAAGCAAUGACUCAGAAGAGCCAAGAGGAAAGAGAAAGAACAAGGGCAGAAAGCUAGACAGGGAUGCAGUGGCAGAUGUCAAAAAAAUGAAGAAGAAGAAGAAGGGGAAGAAAGAGAAACUCUCCAGUUAACAGUUAAUGCACUCUCUAGACUGUUGACCUGGUUGAAUUGUUGGUUUUUGGUUGCCCUAAUGUAUUAGCCAGGUGCCCCAAUGUGCCCACAUCCAUACACAGAAGUAGGGAGAUUAUCUUCCCCUCUUUCUCACACAUGCCCAAACACACACCAAGCAUUGAAGGAACAUGCCAAGAGUUCUCAUGAAGCCACAUACUGCCCACCCCCUUCUGCUGUCCUGCACAAUCACCUUCAAUUUUCGGCAGGUGGGGGUGUGAUAACCCCUCACCCUCUCAGGUUUGUUCAGCACAAAGGAGGGACAUCUGGACCCCCUUGGUUUUCUGAAGCAAUCCUGGGCUCGUAUUCAUAGUUCCUUCCAGCCCCCAAAACAAACACAAAAUCACCAAAAGGAAGAGGACCUUCGAUUCACCCUCCAAACAAGACAGUUAAAGUCAAGGGAGGACUGUUUCUACUCGGUUCUGGUUUUAUUCCUGGCUCGCUUGAUAACUUAAGAACCGAAUCAGCAAGCCUUCAACCCAGUUGCUCCAGAAUCCACUGGUGAUUUUGGUGAAUUGAAUGAAUUAACAAGAAACUCCUGGGCAAGAACAUCAGUGGUACCCUGAUUUCCACAUGUUGGCAGAUAAGUGAUGGGAUCAAUACAGGUGGUUGUCUUUGGCGCACCUGUCCUGCCAGUGGGUGCUGCUGGGGGUCGCCUACCUGGGCAAGGUGGUGGUCCCUGUCUUCUCAGUGGACCAACAGUAACACCCCAGACAGCACCAGGUGGCUGGAUGUUUCCACCAUUUGCAUUUUCCCACAAUGCCCCUGGAGGUACACUGCCUCCAGGGGGAUUGUGGGGAAUUGAGACGGAUGCUAGACCCAGCUCUUUGGAAGCACCAUCUUUUUUUAAGGGAGCUCUAAGGCAGCCAUCGCCACUGGGCUCUGCCAGGGCAUUGGUGCCCCAACUUUGUGCCCUCCAAAUGUUUUGGACUAUAACGUCCAUCGGCACAGCCAUGUGACAUGGCAGUGGCGGCAGGGUCUGAUGGGAUUUGUAGUUCUGGAGGACACCAGGUUAGAGAAAGGUGACCUUGGCUCUUUGAUUCUCAACACCUGCCAUCACUACAGAGCACACUCGGAUUGUGUGUUCUCUUCCCAGCCUUUUCUCUUAAUUAUGAAAUGCCUUGAUUUAUGACGCUUGGGUUGGCUUUUCCAGCUUGCGUAAGGACUCACCAUGAUAUAGGACGCCAUAGACUCAUUUGCUGCCACGUUGGCAGAAACCAAUCACCCUGCCGGGCUUCGGGGAAAUGACCCAGGCGACUUCUGUAACAGAGCCCCAAAGAAAUGGCCCUGCAGAGAUUGGACAGGGUGGGGUAUCUGUUAAUUUGUGGUUUGCAAAAAAUAAAAAAUCUGCAUUCCUUAGGUUCUGUUGGCACACUUCAAAAGAGCACCAGGCCUUGAGUGCAGGCAAUGAAUCACUGCUAGCGAAACUCUGCAUCGCUGCCUAUUAAUGCGUGAAUCCAAAGACGCCCUUCAGGCUUGGUUUCUAACUCCAGAUUGGCUGUUUGGGUAGUUGUGGGUUUUGGGCUCCCUUGUGAGCCUUCCAAAGAAUGAAAUGAAGCUUUGGGACGGAGGCCUUUUCCAAUUGAAUUUGGUGUGUGUUGGGUGGUUUUUUGCUUUUUUUUAAGAAAUAAAAUCUCCCCCGUCUA